GUCAUAUAGCAAAUGAAGUAGGGCAGAUUUUAGGCAACAGUUAUAUCAUAACCACAGAAUGUGUUUAACCGACAUUUUGUACUAACAGUUACCAUAACCUUUAAUUCACAGCGCGGGAGGCUUUCUUCCGUAAGCCUAUCAGGUCUCAUGUGGGGCCAUGUGCGUUCAUGGUUUAUGCACUGAAUAGUGUUGCAGAUCAACAUAAUGGAGUAGGUGUAAAAUGUUAAGCUUCGAUCACAUUCAAGCUGUUGUUGGUUUAUCUUAGAAGAUCGGUGAAUAUCACUUAGGCCUGUAUGCGUCUUCGGUAUCACGUGACAACCCUACUGCCUGGCGUCCACGCAAGUUUUAACUGGAUUCUCUGAAACAUUAGAGUUGAUCUCCUGAACUUAUUUUGAUCAGUUUCUACAUCUUCUGAAAAAUCAUUGAUUUACGCGAACAGCUUAAUGGGCUGAGUCUAUACUUAGUACCAACAUGGAACACCGCUUGGUCCCUAUGCUGCUCGCAAUAGCAUGGAUAUCGCUAUGUGUUGUUAGUAAAAGCGAGCUUCAUGGUUCGGUGAGCUGCAAAUCCACGGAUGUAAAGUGCGGUACAGGUGAAUGUGUUGCAGCUAACAGUUCCUGUAACUCAAUUAGCGACUGCCCCGACGGGUCUGACGAAAGCCCUGCUUAUUGUGGAUGUCGUCAUGAUGAAUUUCAGUGCUAUAAUUCAUGUAUAAGUCUGUUUGGGCGAUGUGAUGGGACUUGUGAUUGUGACUUCUGUGAAGACGAGCGUGACUGCGAUUUGCACCAAUGCCCAAGUACGCAUAUGAAGUGCGCCACCUCCCAUAUAUGCAUUCACCUCAGUUUACAAUGUAAUUUCGUUGACGAUUGUGGUGACGGAUCAGAUGAAAUGUGUGAGCACCGUGAAUGUUAUACUCAUGAAUUCCAAUGUGCAAAUGGCGAAUGCUUGAAACCAGGUUAUAGAUGUAAUGGCGAAGUAAAUUGCCGCGGUGGCGACACGAGUGAUGAGGACAACUGCAUUGAAAAUUAUGACUACAUCAUGUGUAGAAGUGGUCGAAUAUUUCGAAAUUUGUUUUGUGAUUUUUUUAUUGACUGCGAACUGACGGAAGAAGAUGAGAAGCAGAACUGCUCGUGCGACUCGGCUGAUGGAUUUAUGUGUAGUACAGGAGUAUGUAUUCUACGAUCAAAACUUUGCGAUGGGCAAUGUGAUUGUCGUGAUUUAUGUGAAGACGAAAAUAACUGCGAGAGUCGGUAUAAAACUGAUGUUGGCUACGAAUGUAAGUUGAACAGCGAUAUGUGUCAACUGGACAACAACGCUUUUUGCUACCCAACAGAAAUCUUUUGUGAGCGUCGCCCUCAGUGCCAGGGUGGAUCCAACGGAAGUCAUUGUUUGGUCGAAGGGGGUCGUCCUUGCGAAAGUUGUAAACAAAAUGAAUUUCAGUGCAACAAUGGUCGCUGCAUUGAUGAGAGUAAAAAAUGCUUUCGAGAUUAUUCUUCAGAGGAAUGCCGGGACAAUUCUCAUUUACGUGAAUGUGAGGACUUUGAGUGUCCAGCGGGAUAUUACAAGUGUCAGAAAUCUCAUUGUAUACCAGACUUCAGAGUAUGUGACGUACAUGUUGACUGCCUAUUAUUUUACGAUGAUGAGGUUAAUUGCUAUGGGAAAUGCGGUACGGAUUUUGAAUUCUACUCAAUACCCGAUUGUAUUUGUAACGACAAGACUGUUGACUGUAACGAUCUAAAAUAUGGUACUUUGGACUUCAAGGAGCUGAAAGAUAUGAACAUAAUGAAAUUCUCAGGGACAGAAUUGGUACUAGAGUCAAGCACUUUUAGUAACGUGACGGCAAUAACGUUUCUAGACAUAAGUCGGAACAAUUUGAUGGACAUCGGUGACGGGUAUUUUAAGGAUAUGUUUUUUUUACAAAGAUUAAUUUUAUCAGAGAACAAGAUCACCACGUUGAAGAAAGGUGCAUUCCAAGGACUUUCCAAUCUUCGUUAUUUGAAUUUGACGAAAAAUAUAAUCGAGAAUAUCGAAGCUGAUGCUUUUGAUGGGCUUGAUUCUUUAACAACAUUAGACUUAAGUUAUCAAAAUAUACAAAGAUUACCAAUAAAUGCAUUCUAUGGAUUGCGGAGCCUGAAGUAUUUAUAUACGGAUGAAUUUCGUUUCUGCUGCAUGUCUGAAGGAGUCCCAAACUGCUAUCCGGAGCCGGACGCGUUUUCGUCUUGUGACGAUCUGAUGUCAAACUACGUGCUCCGUGUCAGUAUUUGGGUUCUUGGUGUUACGGCGUUUCUUGGAAACUUAUUGGUUAUAAUCUGGCGAGUAACCCACAAUCGAGAAAAUAAGGUACACUCGUUCCUGAUCACUAACCUGGCGGCAGGGGAUUUCUGUAUGGGUGUUUAUCUUCUGAUCAUUGCCAUCGUUGAUCUUACCUACCGUGGGGAAUACAUCAUUCACGACAUGGAAUGGCGGAGCAGCUCGUGGUGUCGUUUCGCUGGAUUCUUGUCAACGUUCUCCAGUGAAUUAUCUGUCUUCAGUUUGACAAUAAUAACUUUACAGCGACUUACGUCAAUUCUUUUUCCGUUCCGUUCCAAGAACAUGGAGCUAGGAUGGGCCAUGAAAAUGAUGGCACUGACGUGGUUGCUUGCAAUAUUCCUCGCCAUUUUACCCCUCUGUCGUGUAAAUUAUUUCGGUAACUUCUACGGAAGGUCAGGAGUUUGUUUGGCUUUGCAUAUAACUGGUGAAAAGACUUCUGGGUGGGAGUAUGCAGUUUUUAUUUUUCUUGCAAUCAACUUGCUUUCUUUUAUCAUUAUCAUUUUAUCUUACGUGAUAAUGUUCGUCGUGGCCCGCCGCACACAGAGAGCAGUUAGGCCACAAAAUCGCGGUGACAGCAUGGCAAUGCGCAUGACGGUUAUAGUCCUCACAGAUUUCUGCUGCUGGAUGCCUAUAAUAUUUCUUGGUAUUGCUUCAUUACUUGGUGCAUCAGUAUCUCCAAAGGUUUACGCUUGGAUAGCCGUGUUUGUUUUACCAUUGAACGCAGCAAUAAACCCUCUACUUUACACAUUAUGGACGUCACCUUACGUUCGUCGAUUCUUAAAGAAGGCACGGCCUUCGAUGCGUUCGUUAUCAACAUACUACACCGAUACUAGACAUGGGAGUGUAAGAGAGAACCAUCGUUCAGGGAAUAAUUUCAAAAUGAGGAUAAGUCAAAGGUCUAAAAAAACUUCACUCAAGUUCAUCCCAAGUUCCCCACCAAAGAAUAACAACAGCACCACCAACAAAAGGACGGAUGCAGGCGUCAUAACAAACGAUGAACAAUAUAACAAAUUACUCUCAGACCAAAGGAAUAAAGAUUCAUAUGAAUAAUACAUCAACAAUUUAGUAUUGUUUGUUUAGUACUCAUUAUUUCUGAAUUAAAAUGUGUGUGCUUGUAUAAUCUAAGGAUCGUUCAAUAAUAUUAGCCUGAUUUGUAAAUUAUGUGGAUAAGAACGAUUGUUUAAUAAAUACUGUAUUACAAAUUGUACCUCUUGCAAUUUGAGCUUCCGGUGAUAAUGCAUUAGACUAGUAGGCGUAUACUGGGUAGAGUAAUCGGAGAAUAUUCAGUGGGUAUGUUCGAAUAAUCAUGACAAAAGUAAAGAUCCCCCUCCAAUUAAAGACCCCUCUAAUUAAAGACAUCUCCAAUUAAAGUCCACUUUUCUUGGUUCCCAAUUUAAAAAAUGUCUUUUACUUUUUAAAUUCUAAUUAGAAGCCAAAGCUGCAAAGACCAUGGAAACCCCGAUCCCAGAAGUGGUACUUAAAUGGAGGGAGACCUGUAUGGUCUUGUUUUAACAUUCUAUACAGACAUUUUUGAUAAAUAAUUAACCGUACUUAUAGUUUGUAGAAUAAUAUUAAUAGUAUAAAAACGUGUAACAUUUCAGAGACAUGGAUCGUACUGAAAUAACACGGUAUUAAUUUAUUUGCAUUUUGGUUAUUACUUGAUACUGUAAUCGAGGUUAUUAUAAAGAUUGCAUGUUGAAUCUUUUAUCAUUCACGUAAAGAAAUUACGUGUGUGCACGAACACAGGUGUUCAAUUAAUUUCUAUACUUUGCUCGUCCCCUUGUUCCCUGUUUAUUUAUUUUGAUACAUUCAAUAUUAGAAGUAGCUGUUACUAAAAAUUGUAUUGUUAAUCAACACACAGUUUAAACAGGUCUGUAUAUUAUAUAUUUCUCGUAAUGACAGAAAAUGAAUAAGUUAAAAAAGAAACAACUUGAGAAAAG